CGGAUCCAUGGGUAUCCUGAAGGACGACCGUCCACCCGCCUUCUCACUGGCUCUCCCCCCUCGCCCGGAGACCUCCCGACCCGGACUCCCUUCCAGCGUAGCCGAUCAUCUCCUACGACUUCUGCAUCAUCUUGUCCUCCUGCAAUUAUCUCUACCGGCCAAGAUGGUGGGUAUGCACGGAUGGCGAGGUCUCGACCGAAAGUGGCAGAUGCCAUCUGCAACUGUGCCAUCCAGACAUACUACGUACAAGGUCCCCAUUGGACAGGAAUGGUUACGAAUCCACGGGCCCGGUAACCCACGGCAUAGAAUCUUAAAGCCGUACAGCAGCCACCCCCGUCAUGCGGCCCUUGCCGGGGCGUGGAAUCGACGGACCUCGAAGCACAAAAUCAAGGCAUCGGGUCAUGAGUGUGCGUCGCAGCACGCGAGGGCGCUCGACUCACUGCCGCCGGUAUGUCGAUGCCUUGAGGAGCGGCGGAGAACGACGCAUGAAGACGACAUCCUUCCUGUGGCAGCCACCUCGUAUUAUUAAGCCCGUUGAUCAUCCAAACAAGGCUAGGCGUUGAAGGUAAUGAGAGGUCUAGACCCCAAGCAUGGUAGUCAGGGUUCGGUCAUAGUCCAUACUCAUUUUCGUCUGGCCCCAUC